AUGUCCCGUGCAAUUGAGACUCUCCGUAAGUUCACUACCUGUGACAUUGGUGAUGCCCUCGUGAAGCUCAAAUACCCACAGGGUGGCUUCCUCGAUGGCAUCAGAAUGUUCUCGCCCGGCGCUGGCACGCGCAUCUUCGGCCCUGCAGUCACGGUUCAGAUGGUUGAAACCAGUGACACUUCCGCGCCAAAGCUAGACAAGCAUUUUGUUGAUCACAACGAAGAAGGCGGCGUCAUGUAUAUCCAGCAGCCCAAGGGUUUACCAUCAGCAUGUUGGGGCGGGCUGAUGUCGACGCGGGCGAAGUAUCUUGGUGCUCAGGGCGUUGUAAUCGACGGGCGCAUGAGGGAUGUCGGAGAACACAAUGAGAUGGGUUUUCCUGUGUUCGCUCAAGAAACGUCGAUCUUAGGCUCAAACACCUUCACACGAGCAUCGCGAGUCAAUGUGCCUCUUCAGUUCAAGGGUGACCUUUGGAUCAACCCCGGAGACAUCCUGAUCGGAGAUGCGGAUGGUGUUGUAGUGACGCCGCCUUCUCUGGUUGAAGAGGUAGUCGCACUAUGCCAAGAAAGAGCCGAGGUUGAUGAGAAGAUGUUUGCCGAGCUAAGAAAGGGUGCGUCGAUGGGGGACUUGAUUAAGAACGUCCGAAAGGACAAAUGA